UCCAGAUCGAUUUAAAAGUAGUCCCUUUUUUCAGUAACCGUGAGAGCCAUCACUAUCAGUGAGAUUGAAGUAACGAUGACGCCAAUUUAUCUGACCAAUAACCAAGGCAGGCUUCAUAGGGUUAGGGUCAGGGUUGUUUGACUUCUUCGGCGACUUCCCUUCGGACACGUAUGUGAUUGUUUCCGCUACCUCGUUUACGAGAAUUGCGUCGUUCCAGAGAAGAAAGGUCAUUGCUUUUGAGAGCGAAUUGAUUUGAACAGAUUGAGUUGUAAAGUUCCUUAACCCUAAAGAUAUCAAAGUUGCCACAUCACUCGGUAAUUCGGUGAAGGCUCUACAACAGUCUCCGGAAUGAAUGUAAACAAUACUACUGGCGGGAACGACGUGUCAUCCUGCAUCUUAAUAGAGGAUCCUGCGGCAGCUAAAAUCUGCAAGACGUUAGCCUACUGCUUGCUCCUUAUGGUGUCACUUAUUGGAAACACUUUGAUCAUCAUGGUAGUUUAUCGGGACGACAAAAUGAAAACCACUACAAAUUUACUCAUCGUAAAUAUGGCCGUUUCCGACCUCCUGGUUCCAAUAUUCGCCAUGCCUCGGGCCAACGUCGAGAUAAUCUACGGAAAUCUCCGAUGGCUUAUUGAUGGCGCUUUCGGAGAAGUACUUUGUAAACUCACAGCAUUCUUUCAAGACAUUUCUACGCUGGUCUCCGUUCAGACCUUAGUGGCGAUCGCGGUGGACCGUUUCUAUGCUGUUUGGUUCCCACUAAAAGCUGCGCAAAUCAAACCUAAAGUGAGAUACGUUAUUCUGCUCAUAUGGUUGAUAUCAGCGGUUAUCCACGCCCCAUAUCUCUACGGAUUCCAGAUCCGCACUUUUGACGAUGGUAAAACAUACUGUUUUCUAGGAUGGUCACGAGACGUUACGAAAAUCGUCUUUUUACUGCUGAUAACAUUAAUUUAUGUGGUACCGCUGAUUCUGAUAACAACUUUCUAUGGUUUAAUAGUUCAAAAGCUGAGAAAGCAGACACUUUAUGGAGUACGGAAUUUAGUGGUCCACUUUAGCCGCCGCGAAAAGAGAAAUCGCAAUGUACUUAAGAUGUCUUUGGCAAUUGUGGUGGUAUUUUUCUUUUCAAUGUCACCGUUUGUAGUGUAUCUAUCAAUUGAUCUCUUCGGUCCCGUAGGUUCUCUUUGUCUUUCUAAAAACUUUCGCUUUGUAACUCAGUAUUUAGUACACUGUAAUGGCGCUUUGAACUUUUUUACCUACUUUAUCUUCAAUCAGAGCUACCGUCACGGUUUCUUAAUGAUUCUUUCACGAGUUUUCUGCGCUUCUCCUUACCGUUGUCGCUGGAAAAAAGAAGUGGUAUUGACUUCACCCCCAACCAGACGAGGAUCGUACUCAGUUGUCAGAGGAACAAUUAAUCAUGGACUAAACUCAGAUCAAAAGGAUGUUGUACUUACUCAGCUGCGCUCACUACACGAAAUUGACUGAGAGGAAGGGACAAAUGAAAAUAUUGAUAACACCUGAACAAUCUGAUCAAUCUAGGUUCUCGAUGUAAAUGUCAACCCUUAACACUUCAACAUCAGUAUGCACUUUCCAUACUGUUCUCCAUACAUUUUCUAAGGUGCUGACAAGGAAAAUUUUGAUUAACAAACAAGAGGUUCUUUAAUUAGCCAUCAUUUCCUUUAUUCUCAUGACCUUAGUGUUUGAUUCAGGGGUGAUAUUGUAAGGAGAAAUUACUUGCCAAUCACUAGGGGCUAAAGGGUUAAGGAAACAUUGCAGGAAAGCAAGGUUUCGAGGGUUAAACAUCAAAUCUCUUUUUCACUCUACCGACUGCUGAUAACGAAACCUUUUGACAAUGAUGUGACACUCGGGGUACGUUCCAGUUUUAUGAUAAGUCAUAUUUUGAAAGGGUGAGCUGAGUAGCCUCAUUUGCAGCCGUUCUUUAAGAUGUCACGAAAUUCCUAAAAAAGCAUUAUUUGAGGAUGUGUCAUGUGACAUCCUAACGAAUGGCUGCGAAGGAGACUGGGAGCUGCACGAAGUUUUCAAAAGAGUCAUGUAAGGGUAGUUGAAGGGGACCAAAUUAUUCCACGUCGAGUAGCCAGGCUCUUUAUUAGAUUUUUUUUGUUGUCGAAAGAAAACUAACGAAAGAAGUAGCAUUUAAAAAUCUGUCAAUACAAGAAAAAUGUAUCCAUGCCGCUUGCGAAUCCCUUACUCCUCUCUUGGACUGUUUCGGUAGAUCCGUUCCUAUUUCACACAACUGAAGAGAACCACUAAGAUGACACUGAAUGAAGAAGAAUGACUGAAAACGCAUGUGAAGCGGUGAAAUCUGGAAGAAAUUGGGUCAAUGGCGUUGACUGCCUCUCUAAGUGAAAAUGAAUGAACUACUGCUAUAUUUAACGAAAUGAUUUUGUUUGAUCACGUGUCUGACAUGCAACACUACGGCGUGUAAUGUAUAGAUUGACCAAUUAAACUCCAUGGGUAUUAAGCGGUUGCAGAGUUGUUUGGUUUUAUAGUCAUAAUCGGCAAAUCAAAUAGAGUAAUAAAACUGAAAAAGGUUGGCAACUACACAACUGUCUAAUUGUUAACAGCAUUUAAUUCAAACAAGCAUCAAUACAAAAAUGU